AUGAAGCAGCAGAUAGCAGUCCAGCAUGAACAUCAGGGUGUUGAGCCGCAUUCCGCUGAUGGUGUCGGAGAUAGUCGAGAUCAAGGUGGCUGUUGGGUCGGCGAAAAUCCUUUUCUGUAUGAACAGCGGUCGCUGAGAGUCCAAGAACUUGAGUGCACUAAGAAUGUCGAGAAUUUUGGGCUUUUCGGUCACAUUCAACACAGGAGCCUUUCCAUAAGCGACAGAGUGUUCCAUGUCCAUUUGGAGACAACUCCACCACAGUCUCGUCCACAGCAGCCGGAACUCGAUGUUGGAAGGAGAAUAGAUAUGACUGACCUCCUUGCUGCGGAUAGGGUACCGCAAGCCACGAUUGAUUCCCAUUCCAAGUCCCAAUUGGCAAAUCAUUCCAUUCAUGGUGUACCCGUCAGUUCCAUCCCCACCGUCUCCAUCUUCCUGGCACAUAACUUGGUAGUUACGGAGUAA